AUGGCACGCCGGAAAAGCGCUCGCAUUGCAGCACAAGAGCCAAAACCGCCAAACCGGUACGGGCCACACAAUGGUGAUUCAGACGACGCCGCUGGGCUGAUGUCAGCUUCUCAACCCUCAUCGCCGGAUUCCGCAUCCUCUGCAUCCGACCCAGAUCCUGAACCUCGACCGGCAAAGCGCCGCAAGGUGACAAAACAUACCCCAAACACGACAAGAUCACAGACAAAAUACUCCAAAUCCAACUCCCUUUCUCUCGUCCAGUCUAUCUUUACUUCAGCACCCCACGAUGGCCGCGCCCUUCCUCUCCGCCCCCACCGGCCCUCCUAUCACCAACCCCUCCUCCUAUCCUCGCCAUCCGUCCAAGCCUCCCUCCUGAAGUGGUUUCAAAAAGAACAAACGACCCGCCUCAUGCCGUGGCGCAAACCCUUCCUCACGAACCCCUCCCGCGCCGACCUUUCCCGUCGAGCCUACGAAGUCUGGAUCUCCGAGAUUAUGCUCCAACAAACCCGCGUUGCGACGGUAAUAGCAUACUGGAACAAGUGGAUGACAAAGUGGCCCACGAUCGAAGACCUAGCACAGGCAACAGAGGCACAGGUGGUCAAUAUGUGGACUGGGCUGGGGUAUUACUCUCGGGCGAGGAGGAUACACGCCGGGGCACAAAAGGUUGUCGCCGAGAUGCAGGGGCUGCUGCCGGAUACUGUGGAGGGGCUUAUGAAGCAUGUUCCCGGAGUGGGGAGGUAUACUGCUGGGGCGAUAUCAGCUAUUGUGUUUGGCGAGGCGGAACCGAUGGUCGAUGGGAAUGUUAUGAGGGUGUUGUCGAGGCAGAUGGGACUGAUGGGGGAUGUGAAAGGGGACAAGAGGGUGGUAGACGUGCUUUGGAAGGCGGCGGAUAGGUUGGUGAAGGUUGUUGCUGAGGCUGAUGGGGAAGAGGGCGAGAAGCCAGGGCUAUGGGGACAGGCGUUGAUGGAGCUGGGGAGCACGAUCUGUACACCAAAGCCUCAAUGUGGAAAAUGCCCGGUGACGGAAAGUUGUAUGGCUUACGCCGAGGGUUUGGCUCUGGCCCGAGGCCUCAAGCAGGCGGUUCCCGAUAUUGAGGAUGGCAUUGCUUGUGUGCUUUGCGAACUUGUGGAGGAAGAUGCCAUGGAAGCGAGCUCGCAGGCUACGGAAAAGAAGGGUAGGCAGCAAACCUCCAAGUUCUUCGAGGCGUUCCAAGCAAGUUCCAUGAAGGAAAAGGAUGUUGCUAGCAGAACGCCCUCGUCCCAAGAGAUUAAUAUCAUCAUCUCCCAUGCCCAGAGGUUUCCCCUGAAGAAACCGAAGAAGCAGGUCAGAGAGGAAGAAGCUCUUGUUUGCGCCAUUCGUCGCGUAUCGGACGGCCAGUACCUCAUCAGUCGCCGGCCAGACAAGGGGCUGUUAGCUGGAUUGUGGGAGUUUCCCAGCUACAUUUUGCCCGCCUCCAAUGACAGCACUACCAAAAGCCGGAAAAAGCAGGCAUUGGACUACGCGUCUGGUCUGGUCGAAUCAACAGACGGAUACCGUGGAGAACUAGGCACUGUCCCUUGGUUAUUUUCACAUCUGAGGCUCGCCAUGCACGUUCAUCUGUUUCAACUGGACGAUUCAGACAGAAGCCUCCGAACACUGCCCCUGGGAUCAAACUAUCGAUGGGCUUCCAGCGACGAGAUUGAAUCAGAGUCCAUGGGGACUGGUAUGAAAAAGUGCUGGUCCUUGAUCAAGGCAACCAGAGAGUAG